ACGAGCCCCCGGUUGACCUCGAGAUAGUGAGACAAACAACUGUUAAAAUCUCAGUUUCUUUAUCUACUUUAUCGCGGGUGGUAACACAGGCCCUGUGCACCUCUUCCGAAUACUUAAGCUGUCAUUUUUGAGUGAAAUUUGAAUCUGUGAAGUACAGUAUCUACUUUGCUAAAACGAUGGCGUCGACGGUGUUGGGAAGGAUAUUUGUGAUCAAAUCGAAUGGUUUUUCAAAAAAUAAAGUAUACACUAUCACUAAGAUAUUUUCAUGUGCCAGUUAUAGCACAGCAAGUCGUUCAAACAAAAUUUACGAAAGUGCUAAAGAAGCUGUUAGCGAUAUUCAGGAUGGGUCCAAGUUAUUGGUCGGUGGUUUCGGAUUGUGUGGAAUACCAGAGAACCUGAUUGUGGCAGUCAAAGAUAAACGUGUUUCUGGUCUUACUGUAGUCUCCAACAAUGCAGGAGUUGAAGACUUUGGUCUUGGUAUUUUGUUGAAGACUAAACAAGUAAAGCGCAUGAUUGCUUCAUAUGUUGGUGAGAAUGCAGAAUUUGAGCGACAGUUUUUGACUGGAGAGUUGGAGGUUGAACUGACUCCACAAGGUACACUGGCAGAAAGGAUCCGUGCUGGUGGUGCUGGUAUACCAGCUUUCUUCACCCCAACUGGAUAUGGUACCCUUAUACAUGAAGGUGGAUCUCCUAUUAAAUAUGCUAAAGAUGGAAAGAUUGAUAUUCCAAGUGCUGCUAGACAUGAACAGCAGUUCAACGGAAAGAAUUACAUAAUGGAGGAGGCGAUUACUGGUGACUUUGCCCUUGUGAAAGCAUGGAAAGCAGACAGGCAUGGCAACUUAAUAUUCAGAAAGAGUGCUCGGAACUUCAACCCAGCUAUGUGCAGGGCGGCUAAGAUCACCAUAGCAGAGGUGGAAGAAAUUGUGGAUGAGAUUGACCCUGACUUUGUCCAUGUACCAUCCAUAUAUGUACAUAGAGUGAUUAAAGGUGAAAAGUAUGAGAAACGGAUUGAAAGAAGGACAGUUCAGAAGCCAGCUCAGGCUGGUAAGAAAUCGGAUUCAAUGAGGGAGAGAAUCAUUCGGAGAGCUGCUUUGGAAUUUAAGGAUGGAAUGUAUGCUAAUCUUGGAAUUGGCAUGCCCAUGUUGGCAAGUAAUUACAUACCGCAGAAUGUAAAAGUGUUCCUGCAGUCAGAAAAUGGUAUCUUGGGUCUUGGUCCUUUCCCAACUGAGGAGAAUGUGGAUGCUGAUCUUAUUAAUGCGGGCAAAGAAACUGUAACCGUACUGCCUGGUUCAUCAUUCUUUUCAUCUGAUGACAGUUUUGGCAUGAUCCGUGGAGGACAUAUUAACUUGACUAUUCUUGGUGCCAUGCAAGUGUCUAGAUAUGGAGACUUGGCUAACUGGAUGAUCCCUGGCAAAAUGGUAAAAGGCAUGGGAGGAGCCAUGGACUUGGUGUCAGCUCCAAGAACUAAAGUAGUUGUAACAAUGGAACACACCGCCAAAAAUGGAGCUCAUAAAAUACUGCCUGAGUGCACACUUCCACUCACUGGAAAAAAUUGUGUUGACAUGAUUAUCACAGAAAAGUGCGUCUUUGAAGUCGACAAAGAAAAAGGUCUCACCUUGACUGAAUUGGCCGAUGGAGUUACCGUAGAAGAUGUACUGGUAAGCACUGGUUGCGAAAUUAACGUUGCUGAGAAAAUUAAGAAAAUGGGUGACGUCACUCAGCCUGAUUCUGAAUGAAUAAGCUUUACAUAAAAAACUGAAUACCAAACGCAUUUAAGUGCCUUAAAAACGUAUUUUUAUUAUAGUACAUAUUUACAGUAAUCAUAUAAACACAUAAGUCUUGCCAUUAAAAAUAAUGAAAUAUU